GGGCGAGUAAACAAAACAAAAGUUUCUUUGAGAACGUUCAUUUUCACAGUAAAUCACUUUUACUUCUACUUUAAAAUGAAGACUUAUCAAUGGUUUUCAUUAAGCUGUUUCUGUAUUUCAAAUCUGCCUCUCAUUGAUGUGACAGCUAGCAGACGAGGUUAUCUGUUUUUCUGCUUACAUAUUAAUAUGAAAAGAUGCCGUCUCGACUCUGCUCCAGAUGUCUCUGCUCGCGGAUACCCUCGGGGCCAUCGUUAUACCCCGCGCGCGCACCUGUCACACACUCUGCUCCCGAGCUCGGUCCAAGCCAGAGCGAGUGAGUGAGCGCGUGUCACUCAGCAGCUCCACCCCUCCGGUAACUACACCCAGCUCACAUCCGACCGAAUCCGCACAUCAGAUACAUUCACCGUUAUACAGGUAUCCCCUCAACGUCACUACCGUGGCGAAAAGUUGUUUUGGGUGUUUUUGUUGGGAUUGUGAGGGAACUUGCGUGGACUUGGUAGGGUAUAAAAGGUGAAAAUGAGAGUGAGGAUGAUUAAGAUGACGGAGUGUAGCUGGACGUACUGGACGCGGUUUUUUCUCUGCGCUCUCGUGCCGCUCCCAGCGCGCGCAGAUAUCACUUGCACCUCGUGCUUUGCUCCAAUACGCCGAAAUGAGGCACAAGUGCAGACAACGGCUUUUGUCAGCCGUGAUUUUGGAAGUGUACCGGACGGCAGCACAGAUAAAAUCUGGAAGUGGGGAAUUGAUGGAGCUCAACUUUCCCCUGAAGAGCACACAAAGUCUGCUUCUAUGUCCUGGAGAGAGACACCGGAGAACUCGCACAUAUCCCAAGCGGAACGGACGAGCCCAGCUAAGGAAAAAGACGGAAAAGUUUAUCCAACCUGGUUUCCUGAGGAAAUCAAAGUAAACAGGAGGGAAAAGCGCAGUCUGUUUCCGUCUGACAGCGCGGCAGCUUCUCGGUUCGAGUUCAGGCGUACCGGAGGAGUUGACGGUUCCGGGAAGAGUCCGAGGCAGAAUGAACCACACCUGAUUACGUCCACAUUUGCGUUGUCUGGAGAUUCUGCUCAUAACCAGGCCAUGGUGCUGUGGUCCGGACACAACAGCAGCGUGAUCCUGAUUUUGACAAAACUGUUCGACUUUAACCUGGGAACCGUGACGGAGAGUUCGCUCUGGAGGUCAAUAGAUUUUGGGACGACAUACGAGAAGCUGACGGAUAAAGUGAUGAUGAGAACCAUGCUGAGCUAUCUGUACGUCUGUCCCACCAAUAAGAGGAAGAUCCUAAUUUUAUCUGAUCCGGAGGUGGAGAGUAGUUUACUUAUCAGUUCUGAUGAAGGAGCCACUUUUCAAAAGUUCAAUAUUAACUUCUAUAUCAUGAGCCUUUUGUUUCACCCUACGCAGGAGAAUUGGAUACUGGCCUAUAGCCAUGAUCAGAGGCUGUAUAGCUCAGUGGACUUCGGUAAAAAGUGGAUUCUUGUUCAUGAGAGAGUAACUCCAGGGCGAUUCUACUGGGCUCUGAGUGGUCUGGAUAAAGAGGCAGACCUGGUGCACAUCGAGGCUCGAACUGACAGUGGACAAAUGCAGUAUAUUACCUGCCGAGCACAAAAAUGUUCAGAGGAGAGUAGGCAGUAUCCAUUCAGCGGCCGAAUUGACACCAACUCCCUCGUAGUGCAGGACCAAUACAUCUUCUUACAGCUAACCACUGCAGGAAGAACUACAUACUUUGUAUCCUAUCAGCGAGGGCCCUUUAGGACCAUACAGCUCCCUAAAUACUGCCUUCCCAAAGACAUGCAUAUUGUCAGUACAGAUGAGGGGCAAGUGUUGGCAGCAGUUCAGGAAUGGAACGAAAAUGACACCUACAGUCUGUACAUCUCUGACACACCUGGAGUCUACUUCACCCGCUCGCUCCCAAACCUCCGUACUUCCCGCGGUCUCGCAGGAAACCUCAUUGUGGAUGUCUACAAGGUGGCAGGUGUUAGUGGGCUGAUCAUAGCCAAUAAAAAGGAAGAUAUGCAGAUGAAAACAUAUAUUACCUACAGCAAAGGCCAGACAUGGAGAUUACUACAGCCUCCGGCAAAAGACACUACAGGACAUGACAUCGUCUGCAACCUGCCUUCGUGCUCACUGCACCUUCACCUGCAGAUGUCUGAAAACCCCUACACACCUGACACUAUCUCCACCAAACACUCCGCUCCAGGGAUUAUAGUGGCCACAGGUAACAUUGGGCCCGAGCUUUCCUUCUCUAAUACAGGAAUGUUCAUCUCCUCUGAUGCCGGCAACACAUGGAGACAGAUUUUUGAAGAGGAGCACAGUGUCUGGUUUUUGGAUCACGGAGGGGCUUUAUUAGCUGUUACACAGUCUGCUGUACCUACACGCCAUUUAUGGAUUAGUUUGGAUGAAGGCCGGCAGUGGGACAAACUCAGCUUUUCAUCUACACCCCUAUUUGUUGACGGGGUUUUGAUGACUCCAGAGACUGAGAAUCGCAUCAUUACCUUCUUCGGGCACUUUAGUUACCACUCCGACUGGCAGCUGAUAAAGAUUGACUACAGCUCCCUGUUUGGGCGGAAAUGCACAGACGGAGACUUUCAGACAUGGCACCUCCAUAACAAGGACGAGGUGUGUGUGAUGGGAGAGAGACAGGUGUAUAUGAAGAGGAAGCCCGGCACACGCUGCACUCUGGGUCGGGAGUAUUCUCGAGUCGUUUCAGCUGAGCCCUGCAUCUGCACCCUCUAUGACUUUGAGUGUGAUUAUGGGUUUGAAAGACAGGCUAGUGGAAAAUGUGCACCUGCAUUCUGGUAUGAUGUCAAUUUACCAGCACACACCUGCAGCCAUGGACAGCGUUUCCGCAACAGCACAGGGUACAGGAGAGUUCUGUUGAAUAACUGUAGAGAAGGUCUGAAGGAUACACUGAGUCCCAGAAUGCAACAGUGUAAACCCGUAGCACCAAGUGGCCUACAACUGGGCACAAUCAACUCUCAGCUCACUGCUGUAUUGGGAACAAACAUCACCUUCAGAGUAGCCUUGCAAAAUGGUGACUCGUUGUCUACAAGUCUCCAUGUGGAUUUUGGAGAUGGCAUCUCAGUGUCAUACUCCAAUAUAAGUCGCCUUGGUGACAGCAUCACACACACGUACAGGGUCGCUGGGAUAUUCAGGGUCACCGCACGUGCUCAGAACAGCCAGGGGUCUGACAGCAGCUCGGUCUAUCUGCACAUCACUAGUCCCGUGGAGCGUAUCUUUCUUUCGACACCGGUGGUCGUCAUAAGAGGAAGAGAGACCAACCUGACAGCAGUGCUGUGGCCCAGUCAGCCCAAGACCACUACCUUCUACUGGUGGUUCAAUAACAGCACAGAGCCACUGAUCACCCUGGAAGGAAGCGUUUCACACACAUUCCAACGAGAGGGACCUAACUCUGUCACCGUACAGGUGUCGGCAGGAGGCACAAUCCUACAGGAUGUGAAAAUCAUCACUGUCAAAGACUUAUUCCGUUCUUUACUGCUGUCGUUCUCUCCUAACCUGGAAGAGCACAACCCGUCAGUUGCCGAGUGGAGACAGGACGUGGGGCGGGUUGUCAGGGCAACGCUCUCUCAGGUUUGUGGCUUCCCUAAGGAUCAGUUGUUGGUCUCUGUGUUUCCUGGAUCUCCAACUGCCGCUGAGCUCUUCAUCCUACCUGAGACGAACCAGUCGGUAUUCAGAUCACACACAGAGGAGCAGCUUGAUAAGAUGUUGGAGGUCUUCAUAAACGUUUUAAAUCAGAACCUGAUCCAGUUUGAUCUAAAGCCUGACACGCGGGUCACUGUGUCUGUGUCUCAGCUCACACUGGCACCUCUGGUGGACUCCAGUGUUCUCCCCAGUGGCUCUGCCAUGCUGUUACUUGUUUCUCUGGGCCUAGUGGGAUUGGCCAUUCUCUUCAUCUACAAAUUCAAACGUAAAAUCCCAUGGAUCCAUGUGGAGACAGAGGAUACCCAUGAGAAGGAGCCUGAGAUGAUCAGUGCUGUCGAACAGGAGAAGAACGGCACACGUACAACAGCCACUUCGUUUACGUCAUGCAGCACACACACCACACACACACUGUUUCCCACGAACACUGGAACACACAACAGCUUCAGCCAUCUGCCACCUCCGAGGGAAUUAAUGGAGAAAGAGCUGGAGGCUCAGAACCCAGGUGGCCUUGGGGUUGGAGAGCGGCUAAGGACCAGACAGAUUCCAAACUGCACCAAUGUCUGAAAUGAAGUAAGGUUUAAGGAUGAAAUAUCAAUUGUAUAAGAUGUAAAAUUAUUCCAUUUUGUCCCUUAACUUUUCCUGUUAUUGUGGUGCUUAUGCCUUUUUUAUUAUUGUGAUGUUUUACAUUUGAACUCUAUACAUAAACAAUUCCUUAAGUGUUAAUCAAGCUAUUAUUAAUUAUAGGUGUAAAUUAAAUCAAAAUCUCUUCUGAAAACAUCAGAAUUAAAUUUUGAUAGCUCUUAAGUAGCAGUUUCUUUCAUCCCAAUACAAUUCUUUCUUAAAGGGGUCAUAUAAUGGUACAUGCACUUUUACAAGUUGAUUGUACUAAAAUGUGUGUUGGCAGUGCCUGUACACAACCAUCAUAUAAUGAUAAAAAUCCAUCCAGUGUUUUUUGUUUGUAUCUCCUUGUAUGUUUUCCCCUGCCUCAAGUUGAACCGUUUGACCGUGUGACGUCAAACAGGCGGACGCCCCUCCCAUGAUUGUUGAUUGACAGUAGUGUUUAAACACAUUCCCGAAUCCCGCCCUGAGUGAGCCGUCAUCAAAGUCCGCUAUUGUUGAUACGCUGGAGCAGAAUGGCGUCUAAGCGAUUGUGGUGUUCUGUUCUUGGGUGUAAUAAUGAACACAGAAGUCAUUUUGAUGUUCCUAAAUCCUAACCGCUGAAGACGCAGUGGCUGAGUUUAUUGUCUUGAUUCAAGUCACCCAUCAAUUUUUAUAGUAUUUUUUAUUCCCACCAAUCAACAUCAAUGCGUUCAUGGUGUUCGUAUCUCACUUCUCUACCCUGCCAGUGCAUACAAACAUAGAUCUUAGUUACAUUACGUUAACCAACCAUUCAGAAACGUCCUGUUCGAGCCUUAAUUGUCAAACUAGGCGGCCUCAUCUUUUUCCGGGUCCGACUCCGGUUCAAACUGAUACGGUCGCAUAUAUGUUUCCUCGGAGACUCCCGCUGCCAUUCUUUCUCCAAAGUAUACCCUCAACUGUUGUGAAGGCAACAGUCUACGUGCAAUGUGUCAAAACACCCACAGAACAGAGGGGCGGAGAGAGCAUUGCUCAUUAUCAUUUAAAGGCAUAUGCACUGAAACAGCGUGCUGAAAACAGAGUUGUUUAUGACCAGGUAAAAUUAGAGUUUUCUUAUAAUACUAAUGAGAAUUUUUAAUGAAAGUAUAUUACAAAGUUUUAAUUCAGACCCUAAAGAUUCAUAUUAACUUGUACAAAAAUGGCAUGAUAUGACCCCUUUAAAGCGAUUAGCAAAAUUGUUCUCUAUUCUUCCUAAGCAGGGACACCGAAUUCCUUUUGUAAAAGUAAGAGAUCAUUCUCUGCAUGCUAACUUGUAGAUAUAUUAAGAUUAACACAUUUGUAAACAAACAGCUCACUUUUAGAAAAUCCAAAAGACAUAUAUGCUACACUUUCAUACAGGAAAAUCAAUAUUUAAUCAUUUGAAAUAUGCUUAUAGCUUUAUGUAUGUUUAUAUUGAUGCUUACCUCAUCUGAAUUGAUAGUGACUGUGAGAUGUUAAGAGGUCAUAAGGAGCAUGGUUUUAGGAUCAAAUAUAUGUAUAUGGCACAAAUAGAGUUUGGAACCUUCAUCUGUGUAGACGCCUCAUCUGCUGAACGUGUCCAUUUGUGCCUUGGCAAUGUGUAUUAUUGUAAGAUGGCAACAUAUUCUUUAUUUGGUUCAUAUUUACAAUUCUAAUUUCCUUGAAGUAUACUCAUUUGGGCGCAUGUUUCAUUGCUGCUAAUAGCUGACAGCCAGUUUUAUAUUUGACUGUGAACUGAAAGUCACUUUAAUCUGAAUAAAUGUAUUUUUGCAUUAGU